AUGUUUCCAUUGCUUCUUCUAUUUGCGGCGCUAAUCCUGCCAAUAUAUUCCCAUGUAAGAGUUGUUGGGAACUUGGCUAUCGUAGCUCGCCCUAUUGGACACGUCGGGACAGACGCGGCUCCUGUUCAGUCGAAUGUUGGGGAAUUUUGGUGCGGAAUUGAAAAGGUAGGCGAGGAAAUACCUGUUCAAUAUGGAGAGUUCACUCGACUUCGAGAUGGAAAGAUUUUCGAAGCUAAAAUAAAAGAUCACAAAGCAAAGCUGCAUUUCGGCAAAGCUCCUGCAACAGUUGCCGGCAAAUAUUUGUGCGAGGUUCGUGGCGAAGACGGGCAAUUACUGAGUGGCAACAUGUUUGUUUACUCACCUCCCGUUCUACGACUCCCAACCGGCUCGGUGUUCCAUGAAGUGCCGGAUGCUCGUCCGCCAAAAGUGAUCGGUGGAUUGCGCACUGCAAAGAGUGGUGGGAGUAUUGAACUGCGUUGUCCCGUCUUCGCAUAUCCACAACCAUGGGUCAGAUGGGAAAGAGAUGGCAAAGCCAUAGGACCUGAUCCUUCUAUAACAUACGACGGGGACAACCUCAUACUUUCUAAUGUAGAAGCCAACAUGGCCGGAACGUACUCAUGCAUUGCCGAUAACUCAUUUCCUAUGUUUGUGGAUGGACCGUCGAUGCCUCAUCAACUGAUCUUCGAACAAAAAUUCACUGUUGAUCCUUAG